CCACAAGUCCCCUCUCUUCCCCCCCUCCCUGAGAUGGGAAACUUAUAUGGAAUCGCCUGACCCGCCUGGUCGCUGCUCCCUGCAUCGCUGACUCGUAUCGCCGGCCGUGCAGGAUGACUUACGAAGAGAAUCGGUACUGGAAGAAUGUCCUGACCAUCGUACCCAUCAUUGGUGCUGCCCUGGCCACCGUUUCGUAUGUCCUGCGACUAUAUUCGCGGCGCUUCACCACCGCCGGUCUGAAAGUAGAGGACUGGUUGAUGGGCGUGGGCUUGAUUCUUUCCUACUGCGCAACCGCCUUUGUUGUGGACACCGCAUUCAAUGGCGUGGGUUUACCAGUUAGCUCUCUGCCGGCCAACGAACGGCAACGUAUUCAAUUUGGUUCAUGGAUGAUUCAGAAGUUUUGGGCGCCGUCCGCUGCGUUUGUGAAGAUAUCGAUCGUCGUGUUCCUGAAGCGUCUACUGGGAACGGUGCGCGCGUAUGCAAUUAUCUCGAAUAUCCUGAUUGGCUUUAUUGCCUGUUGGGCCGUCACGGCGCUGCUGGUCAAUAUAUUUCAGUGCACUCCAGUUCAAUACUACUACGACAAGGAUCUUAACGGGCAUUGCAUGAGCGGUCAGCGAGCCUUCUUCCAGGCGAUGGGAUCGAUUUCUUUGGUUGAGGAUGUCAUUGUGCUGUGUCUACCCACACCUAUCGUUUGGGGGCUACAGAUCACCUUUCGUCAGAAAAUUGCCGUGACGCUCGUGUUCUCCUUGGGUGGACUGGUCUGUAUAUUCAGUCUGAUGCGUCUGAUUGAGUUCCGUAACUUCGUCACUACCGACCUGGCUUCCUCGAGUGCCAAAGAAUCUGUCUGGACUUGUCUCGAACUCGAUGUAGCUAUCAUUUGUGGCUGUCUGCCUCUCAUGAAGCCGCUGAUUCAGGGCUUCCUCGGCAAAGUGCGAAGCGGAGUCUCCAAAGCCCGUUCCCACCCGUCAUCCGGCACGAAGCUAUACUUUCCCAACGGCACCACCCACAACAACGAUGGAUUUCGCCAGAUCAACGAUCCGUUGAGCUCCAUGGCCUCCAAGAACGCUCAUAUCGCUGCCGAUGAGAGUCGAAGAAGUUCCGACGUUGAGCUGCAGGGCAUCGCGGUAACCACCCGAAUCGACCAGGAUAUCGACCGCCCGCGUACCGGAAAUUCGACAGAUGUCUCCGCCGAACACGUAUGGCCACGGUGAAAGGUACUGCCAGGGUGAUAGUCAGUACUGGGCCUACAACAGUGCAGCAGCUUAUGAAGUGCUACUGGACGCGGCUGGACGAAGGGAUCAGCCCGCACCCCGACCCCCGCAUGCUGCACUCAUUAGAGACGAGGGACCUCGCAUGCUUGUUCCAUGCAAGGUCGG